AUGGCCCGUGAUGAUGUUACCCUGGCGUGUUUGACUUCCCUUAAGGGUCCGGGUGCUACAGCUUGGGUUUACGCAGUUCCGGCGCAUGAUGACGCUACUUUCACCCCUGUCGAAUGGAGCAUUUCAGCUGUAAUCCGUUUGGGCCUUCCCAUCCACCAGCUGAUGGUCGCUGGCAAGUGUGUCUAUGGCGUGGAGUUCAAGGAUCCGUCAGACCCUCACCAUGCCCUCUGCUGCAAGCACCAGUAUGCGCCGUCUCGCGUUCAUGAUGCAGUGAAGCUGGUGGUGGCGAAGAUAGCCAAGGCAUCGGGUGGGGUGGUUACGAUUGAGGACGACACGCUUUUGGCGGGGAAGAGGGUGGAUGUGGCGGUUAGGAGACCGAUGGAUGGGGAAGCACAUGCGUUGGAAGUGAGCGUUGUCGACCCUGUUUUUCUAUCAGUGCAGCAGCAUGGGCAGUGUGGACGGACGGUUGGUUAUGCUGCCAAGGAGCGAGAGAGGAGGAAAGCGGUGGACUACCAUCCUUUUCUGCAGCGGCACAAAGGGGUUCCGUAUAUACUAGGGGAGGGCGAGGCGGACUGGGUGGAUCGGAGGGGUGAGAGGCAGGAGAUUGGGGGGGGAGCGCCAUGGGUGGAUUUGCCAUAUCUGGUAGACAUGCAACUGUAG